CGGGAUUUCUUAUCACAUAUUUAUUUCAGAGGAUUGCUGCCAGUUUGGUUUUUCUUUGCAGGGAUACGUGUUGGGUGACCUCUCUAACUGUACUCCUUAUUGUAGGACACGAGUGAGGACACAGCAUGCUGUCGUCCCUAAAGACCCUGCUGCUGCUCUCGGUCCUGUGCACGCCAACCUCCAGCCUGUGCCUCCGCCUCUACCACACCCGCUCCAACCUCCUGUGCGACGACCAGAUGGCAGUCGGGGUCCGGAGCUAUGAGGACGAGCUCCCCGUUGACGGCUGGGGGUCCCUUCUGCAGUCUGCAGAGUAUCUCUCUUCCUCCUCCACCUCCGCCUCCUCUUCUGCGGAGUCCAGCCGGGAAAAAAGGACUUCAAGUCCCGCAAACUACCGCUUCAUCAGCCGGACGAAGCUCCGAGGGCAGAUGCUCCGCAACAGCAUCAAGGGCGACCGGAGGAGCAGGCUGACCCUGUCUCUGGACGUCCCGACCAACAUCAUGAACGUCCUCUUUGAUGUCGCCAAGGCCAAACACCUGCGAGCCAAGGCGGCCGAGAACGCGCGUAUGUUGGCUCAGAUUGGACGGAGAAAGUGAACAUGUUGGACAACUUUAGAUUUAACAGCCAUGACCAGUGUUGGCCUCCUCGUUACUGAAAUGUAAUGAAUUACUUAUUAUUCACCUUCAAAGUAAUGCUAUUGAUGUGUUUCUCCACUGGAAGAUUGUUUUUUUCCCACUCACGUUUCAGGUAAAAUAGGCAUUUCUUAUAUAAUUGAAUUGCUCUCAUGUGAAAGGUCCUUGGAAAGUCUUUUAUUAUUUUCAUUUGAUUUAGUUUGGGCUCCAAUCAAAACAUUGGGGAAACCUCCAUUGGGAGAAUAAAUGACGUGAACUGAUGAAACUGUGUGAUUAAAAGUUGGAUGAUGAUUCUUGAAAUUUUGUUUUAGCACAAUAUCUGGCUAAUUCAUAUCGUAAAGCUGUCAAAUUUACAAAAUGCUCUAUUCUUAAAUUGAGUUUAAUUAAAAUAAAUAUGCCUUUGAGAUAAGGAUAAUCCACAUGUUUCUUAUGCACUGUCAGAGAUGUUUUACAAACAGUGUAACCAUCUUAAAUCAGCAAUAUGGAUGAAGUUAUUUUACUUGUAUCAAGAUGAUUGGUCAUUUUAGGCUUGAAAACAUGACACAUGUUUUGAAUUGGAAACAAGUGAAAUCAUCUCAACCCUUUUGUAGAUUCCUUUCAAAUCCGAAAAGAAGAUUUUAAGACUUGUGGACAUGAGCUGCAGCAAAGCAGAACUGAAUGCAGCUGAGACAACCCCUCAGUUUUUCUUUGUCAGUUAAAUUAAUGUUUAAUAUGGUCAUCAAAUUUUAAAUCUUGCACUAAACAAGAAGAACAACGCUGUUGUGAUCAUUAAUUCUUAUAUCCUUAGCAAAAGACCAUGUUUUGUAAUUAUGUUGCAUAAUCAAAACAUUAGAUUGUAUAUUAUGAUGUUUUUUUUCUCUCUUUGCUGCUUCAUUUACUUAAGAGAUGUGCUGUUCAGACGUUCACAUGGGAGCCUCUGAUGAUUCCAGAUUCAAAGUGGAAAAACACUGAAAUACUGCAUAAACCAACUGUAAGAUCGUGAAAUACAGUAAAAUGCAAGUGCAUGAGAAUGUAUGUGUUCAUCAGAUGUCUGUUAUUUUUAUACUCAAAAUAAAGGAUUAUUUUUCCUCAAAUAAAGCAGAU